AUGGUAGCCCAGGACCCUUACGCAGUCACUGAUAUGUCGGAACUCCCCGAGUCGGCGUUUUCGCCGCGGGAGUACCGCAGAGGCGAUUUGGUGACCGGGGAAAUUGUACGCAUUGAUGACGAAGGUAUGGUCAUCAGCGCCGGCCUCAAAACCGAAGGCAUCGUUCCUCCCCAAGAAAUGCGGACUUUGACCGACGAACGAAGAGAGCAGAUGGUGCAGGGCGCCCGCGUCAUGGUGAUUCAUCUGAACAACCGUGGGCCCGGCGGCAUGGCGGUUUUCUCCUACGACCAGGCUCAGGAAAAGCAGGUCUGGGAAGACCUCAUCGACCUACACCAAAAGAUUCGGAACUAUCCGCCAAAGUUGUGCAGCACAACAAAGGCGGUCUGGUCGUAG